AUGCUGAUGGCUUUAGCGACAUCGCCUGCGCAUCACAAUCGAAAGAGAAAGAGAUUGCGAAGCGACUCGGUACCUCAGACUGAUUGCCAUUGCCCUCCGCAGUCCAGCGCUGGUAACCAACGACAACGAACACCUCCUUCAUUCUGGGACAACCUCUCCCGACAGUGGCUCACUACCCGUACCCUUAGAGAGUGGAAUCGCAGGACAGCCCUUGCUGCGGCCUUGGACCUACCUCCUCGUAUCGAUCACCACGACUGGGGCCUCGAGCGCUUUGCAAGACAAGGUGGACCUGAUCUGAGUCACGUCCGAGGAUACCCGAAUCCUACAAAGAGUCCUGCCUCCAGUCAUACGAUGCCCUCAAAUCAAUCAGGCUCACGGAAACGAAUCAAGACCGGGGAAGCAUCAGGCACGACCACGACCACCAAAAAAACUUCUCCAUACGACCGCGCCUUCGAACAGCAUCUCAUUGAUCAUCGGAUCUAUCCCAGCAGAUACAGACAUACCGAUCGCGAAAGUGUGCAAGAGCCUGAUAAUGUGGAAGAGCUGAGGACUAUGUUGGCCCGAUCUCGCGCGUCUCUUUCACCAUCAAGGUUCACAGAUCGCAAGUGGGAAGAGUUUGAGCAAGCAAGUGAACAGGCCGCGAGCGAAAAUUCGGUGAUGAGCAAGGCCUUCCCCAUAAUCGCAGGCACCGCCGACAACUCUUCCCAGGAGAAUCUCGUGUUUGGGAAUCUCAAGGAAUUGACCGACGGCUCUAUCACCCAAGCCAAACCGGAUGUCUAUUAUGGAUCGCCCCCCGAGCAGCUGAACGAACACGUCCGGCAAAGUCUCAGCGAAUACAUAGAGCCAACCACGCUGAAGACUCUUCCAAUUCUACCCAAUUGCUUCGCUGAAGGAAAAGGGCCAACAGCGGACACAUCCGUCGGCAGGAGACAAGCAUGCUACGAUGGGGCAAUUGGUGAACGUGGGAUACUUCAACUUGAAGCGUACGCGAACGGCGGGAAAGCGCAAUAUGGAACCGCCCACACAAUCGCAUCUACCUAUCAUAGCGACACCGGAGAUCUCACCAUCUAUUCCACCCAUGCGACUCAGUCCAGCGACCCUCAGCACCCAAUCGAGUAUCAUAUGAGGAAGCUCAAUGGCUGGAAGUUGACUGGGAAUGCCGAUCAUUUCCGUCAGGGAGUCGGCGCCUUGAGAAAUGCUAGGGAUUGGGCAAAGAAGAAGCGAGACGAUGUCAUCGCAGCAGCAAAUCGUGUUGCGCCGUACCUGAACACGACUGACACAGAGGACGGAUCAUCCUCACCCAGCCUCGUUUCGAUAAGGUCAUCAAAUGAAGGUGCUCAACCCGAAUCGGAAACAUCCUCUGACGAGCUCGCGCUGGACCUCACGCACAAAUCUCCGACAAAAGCUCCGUCGAACCCUUCACCACCCGCUGCCUCUCUGGGUCGACACCCUAACAGAGCCUCUCAAAGCAAAGCAAGUCGUGGCCGGAAACCUGCGACCUGA